AUGCUCGCAAGCAGUCUACUGCUAUGCCUCCUCGGCCUCCUGCCGCUGAGCGCCUUGGCCGUCAUGGACACAAGGAUGGGGAACCAGACGAUUGAGAGAACGAUCAAUCUCCGGACACACUCGAUAUAUGCGCCGUACAUUGACGAAGACCUUCAAAACCGAUGGUGGGACUUUGGCGCAGACGCGUAUAUCAACACGAACAAGCACAUCCGCCUUACGCGGAAUCGUCCCUCGCAAAUAGGCUGGCUGUGGACGCGCGUCCCGCUCACAGCGCAAAACUUCAUCAUCGAGGUCGAAUUUAAGAUAGGAGGCGAAUCAAGCCAUCUGUACGGAGACGGCAUGGCAUUGUGGCUCACAACGACGCGCGCUCAGCCGGGGCCGGUCUUCGGCAGCGUAGACAUCACAGACAAUUUUGAGGGUCUCGGCAUCUUCCUCGACACGUACGCCAACACACGACACUCGUACUCCUUCCCGCGCGUCGUCGGGAUGCUCGGCGACGGCAAGACGAAGUACGACCAGGAGGGCGACGGACAGAAGGACGGUCUGGGCGGAUGCUCCCACCAGGCCAACUACCGUCGCACCAACGUCGCGACGAAGCUGCGCGUAUCAUACAUCAAAGACAAGUACCUGAACGUUAAGAUCCAAUACCGAGCAUGGGACGACUGGGUAAACUGCUUCACCGUGCACGACAUCAGCCUGCCCAGCUCGCCCUACCUCGGGCUCACAGCCAUGACCGGCGACGUCUCCGACAACCACGACGUUAUCAGCGUGACGACGCUCUCCGCGAUCCUCUCGCCGCCGAACCUCCAACGUGACCAGAUCAACAGCCGGUCCGGCAGGACCCCUGCGUGGAUUUGGACGUUCUUCAAGUUCGCCGGCGUCCUCGCCGUCAUCGCGGGCGUGCUGUAUGCGUAUAAGAAGUAUGUGUUAUCGCACCCGUCGGACAGGAGCUUUGGCAAUGCGUUCAUGGGGAGGGCAGGUAACAUGGGCUUUGGCGGAGGCUUCUAUAGCGAUGCUAAGCGCUUCUGAGAUUCACUACCGUAUAUAUCUGUCGUUCUGACGGGGUGAUCUGUCAGCAUAAUAAUUAUGCAGUAGAUCAUGCAAUUGCGUCCAACAGCUUCCAUGAAAAAGCGUUGCGGCACACAGCGUCAGAGAACGUUCAUGAAUUUCAGACGUCGAUCACCGUCAUCGUCCCAUCAUCCGAGUUAUAAUUACAUAAAUGCACGACAGAUGAAGCUUAAACGAGUAUUUGUCUGGUGUCAAGAGCAAGACCAGGAAACCAAUACAUACGAGCACAAGCUGACGAUACAACAGAUCCGGAGAGAUCAGAAGCAUAGGCGAGACACGUACAUGAGAGCAAAAAAGCAACACGCAAAAGAAUGAAUGCAAGGGAGAGUGAUAGCCAACUCGGGCAAAUAAAUAAAUCCAAGGUAGCGUCGUAAAGAAAGUC